CUAAACCAAACAACUAAACUUCAGUUGAUCACCUCAAUCAAUGAUCACAACCAGUCAGUGAUCAACCCUCUUUCUUUGUAUUUAAAGCUACAGAACUGCACACAAAUGUGGGCGGGAUAGAAACGAGUUUAGAUUAGAUUAGAAAACUUUAUUAAUCCCUGUGAAGGGAAAUUCAUUCAUUUCACAAUACAAAAGACACAGCAAACAAUGGACAUCAAUACAUACAAGAUACAAAAAUAUAAAACAUUAUUAAAAAACCUAACAGCAGUGGGUAUAAAAGACAUUCUAAAACGCUCUGUAGAACACUGGGCAUUACCAAUCUACCACUAAAUGAGCUCUUAAAUCCACUAAAAAUACAAUGUAGUGGAUGAUCUCCAUAAAACAGAAUCACUUUAAGUUUGUCUUUAGUUCUCUUUUCAACGAUAAUCUCCAAUGAAUCAGGAGUAAAACCUAUGACUGAACCGAACCAGCCCUCCUACUUAAAAAUAGGAUUCAUAAAUUAUCAUCCACUGCAAUACUGCUCCCCCAACACAGCACUGCAAAGAACGAACACACUGGCUAGAAUUCCCUGAUAAAAAGUCAGUUCAGUUUCAGAUUUUUGAGUUUCAGUCAUGGCACCUUAUUCGCAUGAAUACAGAUUUUGUUCAUUUAAAGCCACUGCGUUAUAAAAUAUAAGGGGGGCAUUUGAAUGGGCAGGACGCAUCUUAUCACUCGACACAAGCCUUGUGAACAUCUACUAAAAAUGUAGAUGAGCCGCAUGAGUCUGUGAUUGGUGGCAACAAUGUCAAACAAAGUGCAACUCAAUAUAAUUCAAGGCAUCGCAGCAUCUUUAUACAGAGGCGCACUACAACAACAGAUAACAUGAACUAAAAUAUUAAAAUUAGCUAACUUACAUUCGUUUUUCUCAUUUAUUGUUAAAAAUAAAGUAGCACGAAUAAGAAUAAGUUGAUUAAGACUUGCGAUGUCUGUGGAGAUGCUACUGUGUCACCUAGUCGGGUAGCUAUCUUAACGUUAACUUACUCACAAAGUGCACGUCUGGAGAACUUGUGUAACGUUAGUAAUAAAAAAAAAUGUCCGUGUGCAAUUUAAAACAUCAAUCCACUGCAUUAAUAUCUGUAUGGGGAUGAUCGGAUGUGGUUGUUUUUAGCUUUAGCCGGUUGGAAAGGCCCUACGAUGUUCCCAGCAUGCCCCGCGCGUUCGACGUCUGUUCUGUUCCGGUUAGCCGCUCGCUAGCGUGAGACACCAGAAUGAUCAGCGCUCAGUCACAGGGCCUGAAUGAUACGAUAAAACCUUCUUGGCCCUGUAAUAUAGAUGAAUACCGACAGCAGUCCGAGAGCGACAAGCUGUGGACCGCCAGGCGUAAGUUUAUAGUGAAGAACGUCAGCGAAUAUGAGGGAAAAGCUCUUGAUAAGAUGUUGGCCCUGUCGAUGGUGUGGGUUAACCAUGUGUUCCUGGGAUGCAGGUAUGACCCUCAGCUAAUGCAGAAGGUGCUUGAGAUGGCAGAAGGGAUUUCUGUUGGUGAAAUGCGCUCUUAUGAGCUAGUCCCAAGUGCUGAAGCUAAAAGAAGACCGCAUUCAUCCGAAGGAAGUGAGCGGCCCGUGAAGAAGAUGUCUGUUUGCAGACCGCGAUUCGAGCCGGUUCACUUUGUGAGUGGCGGGAGCAGCGGCAGUGGAAUAGGAGGAACUGAAGAAAAAGAAAAUGAGAAGGAAAGCAGGAAGAACGAAGAAUUACAGAAAGAACCAGAUCAUCAGACAUAUAACUGUAGCCGUGAUACCGGCCCCUCCUCCUCUGCUUCUUCAGAAAUAUUAAGGUAUGGAUAUGACAGACAGGCUGACUCACAAACCAAUCGAUUUGAUGGAAACGGUGCAACCGGAAGGUCCGGAGCCUGGGAUAACAAACGCUGUGGACUUGGCUUUGGCCAACCGGAAAGGCCGAGCUCUUUCACCGGAGUUCAAAACGGACCGGGCAGGGGCGGCUCUGGUCUUCUCCCUACACCCUCGCUGCCGACUCCUAUCCUCACACAGACGAUACAGGAAAAACAGAGACUAAUAUUCAGAGUAUCAAGAGCCAUUGCGGUCACUCUCAGAGAUCCCACAUUCACCGGUGGACCUGAGACGCCGAUAUACAAUUUCAUACUUAGCCGCAGCAUUCAGGCUUGUAAAACGAAUCCUGAAUAUAUCUAUGUAAAUCUAAAAGAUAUUCCACUCUCCGACUUGCCUAAGAACAGGAAAGUGCCAUCAGAAGGAUACGCAUGUGAGCUGAGGUGUCAGGGCGUGUACCUGGCCACGGGUUACUCGGGAAGCAAAAACGGUGCCAGAGACCGUGCGUCCGAACAGGCUGUCAAGCUUUUAAUGAGGCCGGUGGAAGUUCGUAUCGUGCAAAGACAGUAUAAGCGUAAGAAUGUCAAUGAUAUGGUGGUGUGUCAGGUUACCACUCCGAACCCAAUCCUCCCUCCAACUCUUCGCAACCCAGAGGACAAAGUGCCCCCCAGCACCAAAGGCCAGUAUGAGCCUGACAGAAGCAAACACUGGACUCAAUUCGUUCUCAUGGAAAACGCACACGAUGCCAUCUGUAUGCUUAAUAACUCAGCUGCUUUUAACCGUAUGAAAAUCGAUUAUACCUUUAACCCGAUUCCUAACAGCAAUUUGUGGUUGUGUAGUGUUUAUUUGCAGGAAGAGCUGCUGGCACAAGCCAGAGGAACUAAGAAGAGCUCGAAACAUUCAGCAGCAGAGGAAGCGGUCAGGGUAUUGCGAAUGCACCAGGCUGCUUACCAGCAACCGCAGCAGCAUCUGUCUGGAGAAAACCACAGUUUAGAGCAGUCCGGCGGUCGCUUUGCCCAGCACGAUGGCAAACAAACACAACUCAGCCAACUGGUUAUCCUUGAAAACUCAGACAAUGCCAUUUGCAUUAUAAAUGACACCGCACAAUUCAACAAAGUGUUGGCUGACUACAAAUUUACAGUUUUACCAGAUCACAACUGGAGGUGUGAGGUUUACCUGGAUGGUCAGUUUGUGGCCGCAGGCAUCGGGCCCAAAAAGACUGUGAAGCACGUUGCGGCAGAGGAGGCCCUCGCCACGCUUCGACGAACACAGGCGGUGGUGAAAUCCAACCUAAGAAAGGAGGAUCACGCAGAUGCAAUUUCGCGAAAUCAAAUCAUAGCUCACUCCGGAGAGGAAUCCACGCGACAGGAAAUCAAGGAAGACAACAUUGGUAAUCAGCUGCUCCGUAAGAUGGGCUGGACAGGUGGAGGUUUGGGGAGAGAUGGGGAGGGCAUCGCCGUACCUAUCAAGGUGAAAGAGCAGUUUACCAGGGAAGGCCUUGGCAUGGAUAUGAACAGGCAUGGGAAACAGCUGACUAAGCGUGACAUUGACGAAAUCAUUCGGAAUUACGCCUGUUCGGACCGUCAGGACGAUUUGCGCUUUUCCAAUGAGCUCAAUAAUGAAGAGCGCAAACAGAUCCACCAGAUUUCCCAGAGGUACGGCCUGCGUAGCAAAUCUUACGGACAGGGCAGACAAAGGUUUCUUAUGGUGAGCCGCAGAGUUCAGAAGGACCAGCUAAUUGGUCAGCUUUUGCAGGAUGGCCAAGUAGGACGAUAUGAACUGGUGAAGCCUCAGGCCUUACAAUGACUGAACUCACUCGAUGGGCCUCAAAGAAAUUACCAGUGCAAAUGAGAGCAAAAUCGUUCUAUUUGUUCCAUUCAUGUGUUUCAGCAGAGUGUAUAGCAUAUUUUUAAAGUAAGAUACCUGUAAGUUUGUUUAUAAUGUUCAUUCUUUUCCUCAGUUUCCUUUAUGUACUAAACUUGGUCAAAUCUUGUAUCAUGUUAUUGAUAUUUAUUGACUGAUAUUAGUAGAGACCUGCCAGCGUGUUCUCAGAAGUUACAUUCCAUUUUCUCCACUUUAUUAUAUUUUCACAAGGAACAAUACAUCAUUGACUCGUGUUGCAAGAUAACAAUACUGAAUAUAUAAAAGUAUUGAAUUACAGAGCACUACCUAUUUUGUCAUUUUUAGAUUGGUGACCGUACAAUUUAAAAUGGGUCUUCAAUGUUUCUGCUUCCUGUUUGACAAAUGCCUGUGCAGCAGUUGUUAUGACCUGCUGUAUGUGAGUUAGUUGCUGUUGUGAACCAGUCUGUUUGUUCUGACCCACAUUAAAUGAAGACAUGGUUCAUUGGCAUGUAA